AUGGAUUACUCUGGCCAGAGAUUAGCUCCGCUUACUUUUGGCGCCAGAGAGGAGCAAGGUAGUAUGUCUUUAAUUCCAGAUAGGGAACCUCCUGAAUGUGAACACCUGAUGAAAAGAAUUCCAAGUGUGAGAAAAAGCAAGGACUGGUCACGUUCCCUCAUUGUGGCAUCACUUGUUGGGGCCUUUGGCUCUUCCUUUCUCUAUGGUUACAAUCUUUCUGUGGUCAAUGCACCUUCCAAUUAUAUCAAGACUUUCUACACUGAAACCUGGGAAAAAAGACUAGGCUACUCAAUUAAUGAAGCUACUUUAAAGCUGCUAUGGUCUGUGACUGUUUCCAUUUUUGCUAUUGGUGGCCUAGUAGGGACAAUCAUGGUUACUCUGAUUGGAAAAGCUCUUGGAAGGAAAUCUACUUUAUUAGUCAACAAUGCAUUUGCUAUUUUAGCUGCCUUGCUCAUGGCUUGCUCACAACAAGCAGAAGCCUUUGAAAUGCUAAUCUUGGGUCGGUUCAUCAUGGGUGUCGAUGGAGGCAUUUCUCUUAGUGUCCUCCCCAUGUACCUAAGUGAAAUCUCACCCAAAGAGAUCCGUGGAUCUUUGGGACAGAUCACUGCCAUCUUCAUUUGCAUUGGAGUGUUUACUGGUCAGUUCUUGGGACUACCUGAAAUAUUGGGACAGGAAUCACAAUGGCCUUACUUGUUUGCUGUGAUCGUCAUUCCUGCCUUUGUUCAACUGGUGAGCCUCCCUUUUCUGCCAGAAAGUCCACGGUAUCUGCUCUUUGAAAAGAAUGAUCAGGAUGGGGCCGAAAAAGCAUUUCAAACAUUCCUUGGGAAAAUGGAUGUCUCCCAAGAAAUGGAAGAGGCCCUGGAAGAGAGUCGUGUUCAGAGAAAUAUUCGCUUAGUCUCAGUCUGGGAACUUCUGACAAGGCGUUCUGUUCGUUGGCAGAUAAUUACAGUGAUUAUCACCAUGGCUUGCUACCAGCUCUGCGGGCUUAAUGCGAUUUGGUUUUACACAAACAAUAUCUUUUCCACUGCUGGAAUAUCUACAGAGAAGAUUCCGUAUAUAACUCUGAGUACUGGGGGCACUGAGAUUUUGGCUGCCAUCUUUUCUGGUUUGGUCAUUGACCGUCUGGGGCGCAGACCUCUUCUCAUUGGUGGCUUUGGAUUGAUGGUCUUCUUCUUUGGAAUUCUCACUGUGACCCUGACACUGCAGAACAAAGCUCCCUGGUUGCCCUACCUCAGCAUUGUCUGUAUCCUAGGCAUAAUUGCCUCAUUCUGCAGUGGACCAGGUGGAAUCCCUUUCAUCUUGACUGGGGAGUUUUUCCAGCAGGCUCAGCGACCAGCUGCCUUCAUGAUUGCAGGGACAGUCAACUGGCUCUCCAAUUUUGCAGUUGGACUUCUUUUCCCAUACAUUGUGGAAGGUCUGGACACAUACUGCUUCCUGGUCUUUGCCACAGUCUGCUUAAUAGGAGGAACCUACUUCUAUAUUGUCCUGCCUGAGACCAAAAACAAGACUUAUGCAGAAAUCACCCAGAAAUUUGCCAAAUGGAACAAGGAUAGCCCACCAGAGGAAAAAAUAGAGCAAGCCGAAGCUGAUGGACAAACCAUUGGGAAGUCUGAGCUGGAAUCUUCUUCCACACUCAACAAUUCUGUCAAAAAUAAGAUCAUCUAA